AUGUCACACACAGCAUUCUUCUACGGCACCCUGAUGGCCCCUCCCGUCCUUCAUCGCGUCAUCUGGGGCUCGCAAACACCACCCACACCCGCACACGCCUCUCUCUUAUCUGUCCGCCCCGCGAUCCUUCACACACACCAGCGUCGACAUGUCAAGAACGCAGACUACCCCGCCGUUAUACCGUCCGCGCCAGAGAGCGAAGUUCGAGGGACGCUGGUAGAAGGCUUGACAGACGGGGACAUCUGGCGUCUAGACAUCUUUGAAGGAAGCGAAUACGAGAGACGAGAUGUCAAAGUUAGGGUCCUUGAAAGCAAAGGGCGCGCUGGCGAUCCUGAGCAUAAGGAUAUGGAGGGCGAGGAGGUGCAAGCGCAGACGUACAUCUGGAUAGCAGGCGAGCACAGGCUCGAGACCGAGGAGUGGAACUUCAAUCACUUCGUUAAAGAGAAGAUGAGUCGAUGGGUGGGUAGAGAGGCUGCUGAUGAGGGCUUCCAGGGUAGGACUUCCGUCGGCGGUCCGGCCCGCGUAGGGCGUGAAGGAUGUUUGCUGACAUGUGUGUAG